UUGUGUUGCAGGAACGAAGGCGGAACUUCCGGGUGAUGGAAAGUUGUCAACAGUUUCGUUGGAGGAGAAUUAAUCUGUAAAUCUGAGUUCAUUAGUGUCGCUUUAAAGUAAAUCCCCUCAGAAACUCCACAAGAGAACCGAAGCUGCGGGAUUUCGGCGACUGUCGCGGCGGAGCCGAGAGAUCCUGAGGAGAUUUUGUGAUUCGUACUUUAUUGGGGUGGAUCUGAUGCAAAUUGAUGGAGAAUAAACAAACUCCUCGGGGAUUUUAGGUGUGGACGCAACAUGUGAGCUGUCUUUAGUGUGUUGAAGUUCACACAAUCUGUGACUGUACAAUUUGACUUCUUCGUGGGAUUACAGAAUGUUUCUGGCUCAGCUUUGGUCCUAAUUCACUUUUCUAUUGGGCUCAGGUUCAGUCCAGAUCCAGUAAAUCUCUUCUGCACAGCUUUCCUUUGAUGUAGUGUUUCGUUUUUGACAGAAACGCACUGAUUCUUGUCUUAUAUUACCCUGAUGCGGGUUAGUUUGGUGUAAUUAAAUGUCAGGUCUCGGGCUGCAAAAGUGUUGUGCAAUGCUUCUGUUUCUGUGCGCACGUAUGCGGGUAUUUGCUUAAGGGGACCGAGGAGCGCGCGUGCACGUGCGCGUUCUGUGACGUCAUUUCUGCGUGAACUCAGUGAAAUCAAAUCUCAUUCCAGUUUUAAUUCGAAUCAACCCCAUGCAGCCCGAACUGUAGUAUUUAUAGUUUUAUUAUGUGCAAGUUUUACUCUUAAAGUUUCUGAGUUUUGAUGUGCGGAAUAUUGGAAGUUCUGCAUCUAGAUUAAAAACUCGAUCCACGUUUAAAUCAAAUUUGUGAACGGAACUGUAACGUUUAGAGUUUAAUUCUAAGUUUUACUCUUAAAAGCUGCAGAGUGUGUUUGAGCUUUUACACCAAAUUGCUGAACUUGCUCGGGUUUUAAUUUACGGUUUAAAAGCGUGAUAUUCUAUUUUCAAGUUUUAUUCUUAAAGUGUUUAAGAUGGUUUUAAUUUUAAGUUAAAUGCAUGAUCCACUUGUAAUUUGAAUCAAAUGAAACUGUAAUUCCACACUUGAUUGUGAUUUGAUUCUUUGCAGGUUCUACUCUUUAAAGUGUGAUAAGCUUUUACGCAAACUUUUUCAAAACUUUUCCUCUUGCUCCGGUUUUAAAUUGAGGUUAAACGCUUGGGUUCAUUUCUAAUUUUUGAAUGUCAGAACUGUAACGUUUAACGUUUUGAAUUUUCUAUUCAAGUUUUACUCUUAAAGUUGCUGAGCAUUUUGAGCUUCCACACUUGCUCUAGUUUUAAUUCGAAGUCAAACGCGAUUCUAAAUUGAUUCUAAUUUGAAUUAAAUGCACAGCCAGAACUGUUACAUUUAGAGUUUGAUUAUAUUUCAGUUUUACUGUUAAAGUUGUGUUUGGUAUAUUCCAUUUGCUCCAGUUUUACUCUUAAAGUUGCUGAGCGUUUUGAGCUUCCACACUUGCUCUAGUUUUAAUUCGAAGUCAAACGCGAUUCUAAAUUGAUUCUAAUUUGAAUUAAAUGCACAGCCAGAACUGUUACAUUUAGAGUCUGAUUAUAUUCCAGUUUUACUGUUAAAGUUGUGUUUGAUCUUUUCCAUUUGCUCCAGUUUUACUCUUAAAGUUGCUGAGCGUUUUGAGCUUCCACACUUGCUCUAGUUUAAAUCUGAAGUCAAAACGAUUCUAAAUUGAUUCUGAAUUUAAUCAAAUGCACAGCCAGAACUGUUACAUUUAGAGCUUUACUCUUAAAGUUGUGUUUGAUCUUUUCCACUUGCUUCAGUUUUAAUUUUAAGUUAAAAGCAAGAUCCACUUGUAAUUUGAAUCAAAUAAGCAGUCAGAACUGAAACUCCAGAGAUUGUGAUUAAAUUUGACUCUUUGCAGGUUCUUCUCUUAAAGUUGCGCAGUGUCUUGUCACCAGUUCUCAGCAGACGGUAGCAGAACGUUGACGGAAACAGAACUUCUUGUUUUUGUAGUCACUAAACUAGUCCUGCAGACUAGAAAAAAAAGCCCUGACACGCUCAGGCAUUAAGCUGCAAGAGGAAACCAUCUAAAACGCCCUAAUUAUUGUAUUUAUUUUGUUAACAUCUUUUGGAUGGGCUGUUUGAUCUUGAAUAAUCAAAUCUGUGCAUGCAUGGUGAUUAUGAGUCUCUUUAUUGUGUCCUGAGCUGCGAACGCACAUACUGCACAACUGCCAGAGGAAACAGCCAUCAGAGCCGAGACUUGCGCAACUUCUGGGCAGAGAAACUGCUCUUGUUACUGUACUGGCUGUAGUCUAAAUACUCCAAACAGCCGCAGGGAGAAGGAGGAUAGAGUGCCAAGCGCAAUGGAAUAAAUGUGAUUUAUUUUACUUUUCAGUUUUACCACGUACCUGUGAGUUCACCUGAGGACAGAGAAUAUGGUUUAUCUGAUCCAGAUCCACCCUAGAGACUGAGACUUGCUUUGGAAUGGUUAGGAUAUCCAUUUCUUAAACAGAUUCUUUCACUCUUUUCUCGCUUUUUCUUUUCCUGCCAGAGUGUGAAAUAAUGAACAAGGAUCGGGCUUGGAGCUCUUAAGCAUAACGUCAUACCGCUCACACACUCUCUGUCCAGAAUGAGUGGUGGAAAGAAACGGAGCGGUUUUCAAAUCACCAGCGUUACGUCGGACUACAAUCAGGGUUCUGGAGAAAACCAUCCGACGGAGCUCCUCAGCCCUGGGGCUCAAAGAGCCACGCCCCCUUCUGCCAGAACCCCCGCCCAUGGGCGGAGCCCCAGAAGCCAGACUGCAUCGCCCACUCAAAUUAUAUCCAAUGGCCCAUUACUGCGUCAUAGCCCCGCCCUCCAGAUGCAACAAAGCUCCAGUCAGCCGACCACACCUGUCACGGCCAGGAAGCAGAGUUCGCUGGACGCCGGCGGGGCUUCGCGGUUUCGUGUGGUGCGUUUGGACCAGGGACCGGGCGAGCCUUACAAACGCGGCCGGUGGACUUGCGUGGAUGUUAUGGAGAGGGAGGUCGAGGAGCGAGGCCUCCGCCGUGUGAUUGACAGCAUGAGACACGCCCACUCACUGGAGUCCUUAGAGACAGUGGGGCUGGGCGGAGCCGAAGGCGCGGUGGGCGGAGCCAGACUGAAGCCGUUGGGGGUGCACACAGGUCACAUGGUACACUCGCAGGGCACCACUUACUUGCUCAGCCAAUGCCGGACAGACUCCGCCCACAGCGGCCCACCCUCACCUUCGAACGACACGCAGCCAGUCACGUCACCACACUUGCCGAACACACCCCGUAUCCGCAACAUACCCGCCCCGCUGCGCCUCGACAUGGAUGCUGUUGGAAAGCUACGGACCACCCGCUCACAGCCGGCAUCGCCCGGACCGCACCUGGGUCGGGACAGUCCCUUCCAUCCUGGACUCACGCCCAUCCAGACGCCGUCCGCCCUCGCACUGGCGCAGUCCAUGUUCGGCAUGGGUCGAGCGUUCGAGCUUGUGGGAGACGACGGUGGAACCAACAGCAGUAUGAUCGCCAUUGAUAACAAGAUAGAGCAAGCCAUGGACCUGGUGAAGUCUCACCUGAUGUUGGCGGUUCGAGAGGAGGUGGAGGUGCUGAGAGAACAGAUCAAAGAGCUCUCGGAGAGAAACGCUCAGCUGGAGAGAGAAAACUACAUCCUCCGAGCCCUCAGGGACAGAGACUGAGCCAAACGCAUGACACUAGCACCAGUGCAUCAUGGGAGAUGUAGUUCAAUGAGAAAAGCGCCCAGGAAAAAGGGAAGGAGACCGGAGGAGGUGAAGCCAGCGUGUGCAGUAUUGACCAAUUAGUGCCUUAAACACCAGUAAUGACUGAUAGCGCUGCUCACAUGCUCUAAUUAAGAGAUUGCAAGAUAAUUAAAUAAUGUUGAUUUUUAUGACGCUCCCUAAACAGUGCCUAUUUAUUACUGUCAGUGUGAGUGUGUUAGUUUUAAAGCACUGCUCACAUCUAGGUUAAUAAUAAAUCUCUUUAUGUUGACCACCACUGGCAGAUGGAAAGACUAGUUUAGUUAACUCGCUCUCUCUCUGUUAGUUUAAUAAUGGUUUGAUCUGUUCUGCAUUAUGCGCUCUAAUAAAUAACUCUCACUA